AUGCCCGAGCUAGCGGAAGUUGCACGCAUUGUGCAUUUCAUCCGCCAACACUUGGUAGGCAAGACCCUGUCCAAGGUGCAGGCCCAGCACGAUGAUAUCAUCUACGGCAAAGUUGGCACCAGCGCAGCGGAAUUUCAAAAAGCCAUGCAGGGCAAGAAGGUUGUGGGCGCCGGCCAGCAAGGGAAAUACUUCUGGAUCACGAUGUCUUCGCCGCCGCAUGUCGUAAUGCAUUUUGGGAUGGCCGGCUGGCUGAAGAUCAAGGGUGCCGACACGUACUAUUAUCGUACAGACAAGCCCGCAGACAAGGAAUGGCCACCAAAGUACUGGAAGUUCCUGAUGGAGACGAGCGAUGAUCCCUCAACGGAGGCUGCGUUCGUCGAUCCCCGCCGGCUGGGUCGUAUCAGGCUGGUGGAUUGUCCCGCUGAUGAGAUCCGUGACCACACUCCUCUCAAAGAGAAUGGGCCAGACCCAGUUGCCGAUAAGGACAUUGUCACCGAGGACUGGCUGGGAGAGAAAUUGAGAAGCAAGAAAGUCCCGAUCAAGGCACUUUUGCUUGACCAAGCCAAUAUCAGUGGAAUUGGGAACUGGAUGGGGGAUGAAAUCCUCUACCACGCCAAAAUCCACCCGGAACAAUACAGCAACACAUUGUCCGAUGACCAGAUCAAGGAGCUUAAUUCUUCUAUCCACUAUGUGUGCUCUACUUCUCUCGAGGUCCUUGCCGACUCGGAGAAGUUCCCCGAGCACUGGCUGUUCAAGCAUCGAUGGGGCAAAGGGAAGAAAAAUCAGCCAGCAGUUCUUCCCAAUGGCGAUAAGAUCACAUUUCUCACCGUCGGAGGUCGGACGAGCGCAGUAGUCCCCGCGGUCCAGAAAAAGACCGGGGCCGUGGCCAAAGAUAUCGAAGAAAAGACGAAUGGCACACCUGCUACUACGAAACGAAAACACGGCGCUUUAAAGAAGGAAAGUGAUUCAGAAGCCGAAGAAACAUCCAAAUCGAAAGUCCGACAAAAGAAACAAGCCGUGAAAAGUGAAGACUCAGAAGACGAGAAGAACGCAGUCUCGACUGUUGGCAGAGGACGCUAUACACGAACAAGAAAGUGA